AUGUCGAAUAAUCCAUUCCCCAUUGUUGAUUUCGCGCCGUUCUUAGACGGAUCUGCGAAACAGCAGGCUGCAGAUAAGCUCCUCGGGUCGUUCAAAUCGUAUGGAUUCUUCUACCUCACGAAUUUCGGUAUAUCGAACGAAGAGGUCCAAGAGAUGUUUGAUUUGGGGUUUCAUUGGAAAGCUGGCUUUUGGCAGUAUAACACUGCCUACAAUAUGAAUGGCGCAGGUCCCGGUGUUCACUGGGCACCCAGCAUGGGGUGGGCUCAGAAUGUCCCUGCUAACUUUAAUCCUUACAAGCGCGUCCCCCGUCCUGCAAGCCCGAGCUACAGGAGGACACAGCUCACCGACAAUGGUCUUGGUUUUGGAGAACAUGGUCCAUGCAAGCGUUCCCUUUCUACUCAUGCAUCUCCCUCCACCUCCGCCAUUCAUCUGUUGAAACUGACUUUGGAGAAGUUGGCUCUGCUUUCUGGAAUCCCGCUCUCGGUGGUGCGCAAGGUCUUCUUCGAGGAGAACUUGAUGUUCGAUGGGAACGUGACCCGGGAGGUGGUGGGCGGCCUGAGUUGUGGUGUCGUGACAAAAGAGUGCAGAACUGGACGCCGGAUGCACAUGGCGAGUGUGUUAACGCUUCCGAGGAUAUUGAUCGGUGACUCGGAUGGUUAUUCAUCUAUGGAUGACCCGACUCGGGAGUUGAAUAUCACGCUACAAUUGCACCGACUGGGCGUGUGA